AUGUUGAAUCUCAUUUUAGCAGUCAUCGUGGAAAGAGCCGCCGAAGCCAGGGAGAAUGACCACGAGGCGAAGAUCAAGAAAAAACAGGCUGAACGAGCCAGAAGCAUGGAAGACUUGGCCAGUCUAUGUGCCAGCAUGGAUGUGAAUAACAAUGGCUUGAUCUCCUUAGAGGAGAUGUUGAAAGGUUAUGAUGAGGUGGAGGAAUGCAAAAAACUCAUGGAGGUUAUGGAUUUGAAGAGGGACGACAUGGCCAUGGGUUUCAAUGUCUUAGAUUCAGAGAGCACACAAGAGGUCCCUUAUUUGGAGUUUUGUCAGCAUCUUGGGAGCUUCUUCAAGAGGGACCCCGUGAUCAUGCAUUCCCUGGUGAAAUACUCCGUGAUGGAGUUGCGCAAGGUUGUGGAGCAAGAUGUGGUGAGGCUUCUUCAGGAACAGUCAGAGAUGUUGAAGAGCUUGCUGGAAGGCAAGUCAUGUGUCGAGAUGAAGUUCUCAAAUCUCUCAGAUCUCUCACCCCAUCCCAAGGAGUCUAGAGCUGAUGAGCUGGGCCCCUUGUUAGCCAAGGCCCAGGACCUGGCGGAGACCGUCUGCGCCUCUGUGGCCUUAGACUCCGCCGAGGCCCUGCGCGUGUCGGUGGCGGAUCUGCGGGAGCGCCUGGAGCCGCAGAUGCUGCAGGUCUCGGUGGUCUCGGUGGACCUGCCGCAGGCGGCGCAGGCGGCGCAGACACCCCAGGCGGGUUGGUUUGAGGCCAUGUCAACGAGCAAGCGGAGCAAAAAGCGCUCAAGUCAGAAUGAAACGCCGCUGAGGGCAGAUGGCUGGAUAGGCUUACCCAGGUGUGGGUGUGAAACUGGGGAAGAGGCUUCUACAGUGGCUGUUCAAGUCACAGAUGAAUAG